AUAAACAUUGCCGGUUCCGUUCUGGAUAGACCGCUAAUUAAAGAAGAAUUUACCAGCCAAUACGACAAAAUAUUAGUAAUGCUAGAAGCCGAAAUCAAAAUGGUGGAAAUCAUAUUCGACGAACAAAUGGAAACAAAGCAGAAGAUCGGUCAUUUCAACUUAGACAAAUACAUGCCGCCUGUAGCGGGGAUUUUAAGGUGGACCAGAAAUUUGUGUACGAGACUUACAGGACCGUUGCAAAACUUCAAAGCCCUCCAACACCCAAUCGUGGAAAGCCAAACUGGCUGCGACCUAAUUGCCAGAGCGGAGAAAUUUUUGGACAUCGCCAGAAGCUUCACCCGCCAGACAUUCGCGUUGUGGGCAGAAGCUGCUCCCGCUCAAAUAGAAUCCAAUUUAAAGAAGAACAUUUUGAGGCGAGACCCCCGCACGAAGGAGCUCUUCUUGAAUUUCAGUCUAGAGCUCACAGCGAUCUUGAGGGAAGUGCACUACUUGAAGCUGAUGGAGGAGCCCGACAUUCCCGAGGUGGUGCUGAAGCUGGCAGAAAGGAACGAAACCUUCCAGCAGUAUACAACCAACGUCAGUUCCACGGUGACCUGGUACAACAAAAUCAAAAGAACCUCGAAAGAGGUCGAAUUCAAUUUGAUCGAAAAGGAUCUAGUCGAAAUCGAUAAAAUGAUAACCGUAGGGGAAGAACAACUAAAUUGGGAAUCCGAAGCUCUUUGGGAGUACAUGAUAAAGCUCCACAUGCUGGUGGGUAACCUGCAGGGUCGCCUGCAAAAAUGCCAGGUGAACUUGGAUGAGAUCAAGAAUAUUCUCGUGCCGUUCGCACGCCAGCCUUUGUUCGAAAGAAAGGAAGGAAGAAAAGAAGCCUGCUUGGCGCUGGACGAACGAACUGAAAAACUGGAGAAGAGAAAGGCCGAUAUAAAAGUGGCUACUGGUAGAAUAUUGCAAUUGCUUGAAGAGAACAUGAACUUGUUCCAAAUGACCGAUAAGCAAGAGGACGAAAAAUGGCUGCAUUACAUCGAUUACACCGAUAAAAUCGUAUCGAACUACCUUUAUCAAUCAGUCGGUUGCAGUCUUGGUUACAUUAACGAACACAUGGAACCCAGCAAUAAUUUACCACCAUUAUUCGAAUCGCAACUAAAGCUUAUGGAGCCCAACAUAACAUUCAUUCCAUCAUUAGAUACUUCAGAUCCAGACGGUCUAAAAAGCCUGAUAACCGGUCUAAUAAACGACAUAAUCGACACCUCAGCCAUAGUAGAAAGAUUCUCCAAAACCACCGCCGGUUCAUACAAAGAAGAAAUCCAAGCCAACGAAGACAUCGUCGAGAUAAUCACCGACAUAAUGUCCAACAUAGACAAAGUAGUGGAAGAAAGUUACGAAUUUUGCGACAACUAUCAAUCCUACGCGUAUUUGUGGCUGGACGACAGGGACCAGUACCUCCAUCAGUUCCUCAACUACGGCAGGCAAUUGACCAACGACGAGCUGGAGUACCUGGGUAUGCAGGAUCCGAUGGCGCCCAAGCCGAACCCGCCGAAAAUGGAGCAGUUCCGCGAGCAAAUCGACAACUUCGAGAACUUGUCCAACCAAGUCGAGACCAUCGGCGAAACGGAAAUCUUCCACCGGUGGUUCAAAGUCGACGUGAGACCGUUCAAACAAGCCUUGCUCAACACGAUCAGGAAAUGGGGCAACAUGUUCAAAGAUCACCUGGUCACCACGGUCACUUCUAGUCUCUGCGACCUGAGCAACUUCAUAAGAUUAGCCGAUGAGGGUCUCCAGCAAACCGUCAUCGAGGGCGAUUACCAAGCUCUGGUGAACGUAAUGGGCUUCCUGUUAAACGUCAAAGAAAGACAAGUAACCACUGACGAAAUGUUCGGACCGCAACGAGAUAUAAUCGAGCUGCUCAAAUUCUACGACAUGGAUAUACCGGAAGAGGUUAACGUUUAUCUGCAGGAGCUACCGGAGCAAUGGAACAACACCAAAAAAAUAGCCAUCACAGUGAAGCAGCAAGUAGCUCCUCUUCAAGCUGCCGAGGUGACGUGCAUCAGGAAGCGAAUAGUCG